AUGCCCUGUCCCCGGCCGCCCUGGCUGCGCCGUCCCCGGGCGCCCCAGAGCCCCGGCUCCCCGGGGUCCGCCUCGGCGCCCCCCACCCCGGGCAGGGCCGAGGAGGACGAGGACGACGACGCCGACGGGCCGGGCGCCGGCCCCAUCCUGCCGCCCGCGUCGCCCACCGAGUGCCUCAUCUGCGCCUGCCCCUUCGACGGCGUCUACAAGCUGCCCAAGCGCCUGGACUGCGGCCACGUCUUCUGCCUCGAGUGCCUGGCGCGCCUGUCGCUGGCCACGGCGGGCGGCGGACACGCCGUGGCCUGCCCCGUGUGCCGCGCGCCCACCCGCCUGGCGCCGCGCCGCGGGCUGCCCGCGCUGCCCACGCAGGCCGGCCUGCUGCCCCGCGCGCCCCGCGGCCAGGACCCGGGCCAGGGCCAGGGCCAGGUGCGCUUCGACCGCCGCCGCGGCCUCCUGUACCUGCGCCCGCCGCCCGCGCCCGCGUCCGCGCCCCGCAAGGCCCGCGCCGCGCCCCCGCCGCCCCCGCUGCGCCUCGGCCGGCCCCUGUCGCGCCGCCUGAACAUGUCCAGCCAGGCCUGGGCCUUCAACGCCGCCGUGGCGCUGGCCGUGCUCGUGGCCGCCGGGCUGGUGGUCUCGGGCGUCUACAUCUUCUUCCUCAUCCCGCACGCCGCCGCCUCCUCCGCCGCCUCCGGCCCCGCGCGGCCCCAGCUCGUGGCGCUCGCGCCCGCGCCCGGCUUCUCCUGGCUCCCGCCCCGGCCCCCCGCGCCCCGGCCUCCGUGGACACCGCGCCCCGAGGGGGCCGCACCGCCGGGGGCUGCGGGGGACACGCCGGGGGAGGCGGGGCCCGGGGACACCCGGGAGACGGCGGAGGACCGGACCCCCGACCACGCAGCAGCAGGCGCGCACGGCGCUCCGGGGCGCACCGGGGGGGAUGCUCGCUGGCCCCCGGACCUCCCAGACGCCGCGGCGGACAGAACCCCGGACCGAGCAGGAGGGGAUGCCCGCUGGCCCCCCGACCUUCGAGACGCCGCGGACUGGACCCCGGACAGAGCAGGAGGGGAUGCCCGCUGGCCCCCGGACCUUCCAGACGCCGCGGACAGAACCCCGGACCGGGCAGGAGGGGAUGCCCACUGGACCCCGGACCGAGCAGGAGGGGAUGCCCGCUGGACCCCCGACCUUUCAGAAGGCGCAGACUGGGCCCCGGAUGGCGCAGGGAUUGUCCACUGGUACCCGGGCCACGCGAGACGCGUGCACGGUCCUCCAGGCCGCAACGGGGAUGCUCACAGGUCCCCGGGCCUAACACAAGGCGCGCACUGGCCCCCCCGGCCCCGCUGGCAGAGCUGA